CAGCAGCCACCCCUAAUUCACGUCUCUCCGAUUCUCUCUUUCUUUCUUUCUGUAAUAUCAACGAAUACAUAGUCCCCUGUUUUCCCAUUCUCAAUGCCAUUUCGUUUCUAUUGCAUUUCUUCACAAAAAAAAAAAACUAUUUCACGUCUAACUGAUUGAUGCAGCAGAAAGGUAGAAACAAUAACCGUAGAUCCAGGAGCUUCUCUAGAUCUCGUCUUGCCAUUGAGGGUUUUUAGCAAUUUAGUUCUCUACCAUAUACUAAUUCCCAAUCCACAUUGUCUUCUUCAACCAUUCCAAAUAUUCACAUCAGAUUCCUCUAUCAUCAACCAACCAUGGCUGCUGCUUCAGGACAAGAGCGUGAGGUUCAAAAGAGUUAUUGGAUUGAACACACUGCGGAACUCACUGUCGAGGCCAUGAUGCUCGACUCUAAAGCAGCGGAUCUCGACAAAGAAGAGAGACCUGAGGUGCUCUCUCUGCUUCCGCCGUAUGAAGGGAAAACUGUGUUGGAACUGGGUGCUGGUAUUGGCCGAUUCACUGGUGAAUUAGCCAAUAAAGCUGGUCAGCUUAUAGCAUUGGACUUUAUUGAAGGCGCAAUUAAGAAGAAUGAAAACAUAAACGGGUACCAUAAGAAUGUCAAGUUCAUGUGUGCUGAUGUGACUUCUCUGAAUUUGAAUUUUUCACCGGAAUCGGUGGACUUGAUAUUUUCUAACUGGCUACUGAUGUAUCUUUCUGAUGAAGAGGUUAAGGCUCUUGUUGAGAGAAUGGUUAAAUGGUUGAAAGUCGGUGGUCACAUAUUUUUCAGAGAGUCAUGCUUCCAUCAAUCAGGAGACCACAAGCGAAAGAACAACCCAACCCACUAUCGAGACCCUAGCUUUUAUACAAAGGUUUUCAGAGAAUGUCACGUAAAUGCUGGUGAUGGAAAAUCAUUUGAACUUUCUCUUGCUGGUUGCAAGUGCAUCGGAGCUUAUGUGAAGAACAAAAAGAAUCAAAAUCAGAUUUGCUGGACAUGGCAGAAGGUUGCUUCUAAGGAUGACAUGGAAUUUCAGCGUUUCUUGGAUACUGUUCAGUACAAGUGUAGUGGCAUACUACGAUAUGAACGAGUCUUUGGACAAGGUUUUGUUAGCACAGGAGGACUUGAAACUACAAAAGAAUUUGUAGCCAUGUUGGAUCUUCAGCCUGGCCAAAAAGUCCUUGAUGUUGGCUGUGGCAUUGGAGGAGGUAACUUCUACAUGGCUGAAAAGUACGAUGUUCACGUUGUUGGCAUUGACCUGUCUAUCAACAUGAUAUCUUUUGCUCUUGAGCGUGCUAUUGGUCUCAAGUGUGCUGUUGAAUUUGAGGUUGCUGAUUGCACCAAGAAAACAUAUCCUGAUUGUACAUUUGAUGUCAUAUACAGUCGGGAUACUAUCCUUCACAUCCAGGACAAACCCACACUGUUCAGAUCUUUCUACAAGUGGCUGAGACCAGGAGGCAAAGUUCUUAUAAGUGAUUACUGCAAAAGAGCUGGACCAGCAUCAAAAGAAUUCGAAGGUUAUAUUAAGCAAAGGGGGUAUGAUUUACAUGAUGUUGAAGCAUAUGGGCAGAUGCUCAGAGAUGCGGGUUUUCAUGAAGUUGUGGCCAAGGAUCGUACUGAACAGUUCAUUGAGGUUCUGCAAAAGGAGUUAGAUACUGUGGAGAAGGAAAGAGAGUCCUUUAUCCAUGAGUUCUCUGAACAAGACUAUAAUGAAAUAGUUGGAGGUUGGAAGGCUAAGUUAAUCAGGAGUUCAUCUGGCGAGCAGAGGUGGGGCUUGUUCAUUGCCAAGAAGAAAUGAUUUAUCCAAACGUGUGGUAGAUCCAUUUCCAUUUAUGUUCCAGAGUAUGAACAUUUCUUCCAGUUCUAUGUAAUAAUUGUUUUACCUGCGAUUUAGGGAUAAAAAAUAUUACUAGUAUACUGCUUCCCUCAUCUUGGACGAAUUUGUUCUUCAUUUGCUAUAAUUCUGCCUCAGAUUUUGAUGCA